AUGCAGCUCAAAUUUCUCUGGAUCCUGCCCCUUAUUCUUUCGAGCCCCUUCAGUGAAUUUACCCGUAUUAGACGGACAGCUAAGGGUGACAAUGUACCAAUAGAAGCGGGCCAGCCCAUGUGGGCCCAUGGCAAUAAGUGUACCAUGCUAGACAAGUGGGCCGUGGGCCAGGGAGAUGGGUGUAAUGGAGAUGAGUGGGCUGAGGGUACAGGGUACAAUGGAGACGGGUGGGCCGGGGGUAUGGGGUGCAAUAGAGACCAGUGGGCCAGGGAGAUUAGUGCGAUGGGGAUGAGUGGGCUGGGGGGUAAAGGAGAAAUGGAUGAUACAGAUGAGCCGGAAGUGUUAAAUGGAUUAGCUGGAUGA